AUGCGCUUGCAAUUCCCCACAAACUACCACCUCCAACAACAACAACAGCAACAACAGCAGCACCAACAACAGCAUACCAUGGCCAUGCCAAUGUCCUUCCUUAACCAUCAUGGCCACCACCCCCACAGCCACCCCAACGGGGCCGGAAACAACCCCAACACUGGCACCCCCAACAACUCGUUCGCAGGCACCAUCGAUCCUGGUCUGCUCCAGAUGACCAUGAACCAGAACAUGUCCUCGCUAUUCCCUUCCUCCUCGGCCUCGUCUAUCAACUCCCUCACUAAUGCUCCUACUGCCACUCACACAGGCGGUCUCGGUCGCAGCGGUCUUGGUAGCAAGCGCAACAGCAGCAACUCCAACAGCAACCAGAAUAACGUCAAGCAAGAGACCGGGUCGCCCGACUUUAUGGCGGCCGAGAUGGACUUUGGCGAGCACCGCAACAUGCUCUCCCCUGGCUCGAGCUCUCCGCUGAACUCGCCCAGGAACGAUUUUGACAGUCCAGACGAUUUCAAUCACCCUGGCACAGGCACUCUGUCCCACGCAAAGCCCUUACCCAUGAACAUCCAAAACCAGCACUCCUACGGCGAUUCGCCAGGAAACGGGUCUUUGUAUUCACCCGUCGAGUCCGACUUCUUCCCCGAGGGCGACUUUAGUCUGCCUAGCGGUUCCCGCGCCCUCGACAUGAAGUUUGGCCGCCACAUGUCCCUCCCCUCGGCUAACCCCUUCCAUUCCAUGUCCAUGCCCGUCCCCCGAUCCGACUGGUUCGGCGCCACCGAUGGUGGCCACAUCGUGGGAUCGUUCGAGAACCAAACAGGCCUCCAAUUCCCACAGGGAGAGAUGACUGGCAUGAUGAGCAGCCUCUUUGAGGAAGAUGGCGAGCAAAAGUAA